AUGUCAUUCCUUUAUAAUCUCAUUAAUAUUUUAAAUCUAUUUCUAUUACAGAACAUACAUGUAAAUGAAUUAUAGCGAAGACUUUUGCAGCAAUUCGGAAAUAAAUUUCUGAAUCCAGAAUAAAAAGGUUAAGGGGCCUUUUCAAAAGUCUACAAAUGUCAAAAUACUUUUGGAGAGUAUGUGGCAAUUAAGGUUGUUAAUUUAGCUUAAGCAAAGCCAAUUGUUAUUCCUUAUUUAAAGAAUGAGGUUGAUUUAUUAAGAAAGAGUGAUAAUGAAAAUGUUAUCAAAUUGUUUGAAGCUGAAGAAAAAACAUUUAUGUUAUAUUUAGUUUUGGAAUAUUGCGAAUUUGAUGUCAAGAGCAUGAUGAGAACAUAUUUUAAAAACAAGUUACCAGAGGAUCUUGUAAUUGUUAUUCUUAAACAAUUAGUGAAUGGAUUACAUUAUUUGCACAAGAAUAAUAUAAUUCACAGAGAUUUAAAAUUAGAUAACAUAGGAGUGGUAAUUACACCAAAAGAUUUCUGCAAAUUAACUACAUCCAAUGAAAAAUUAAUUGUAGAAAUUUUUAAAAAUGCUUCAUACAAAUUACUUGAUUUAGGAUUAGCCAAACAGUUUUUCAAUAAAACACAAACUUAAACUUACGCAGGAACUGAAGUCAACAUGGCUCCUGAAGUCUUGGAAAGGAAACCUUAUUCAUUUGAAGCAGAUAUAUAUAGUUUGGGAGUUUGUUUAUAUUAGAUGAUUACAGGAGAGUAUCCUUAUUAUGAUAACCUUAAUUAGAAGAAAUAAUUUGAAUUAAUUAAAGAAGAAAGUGCAAACUUUGAAAUUAUCGAAAACUAAGUACUUAGAAAUCUCAUUUAACAAAUGCUCAAAUACAAUGUUGCUGAAAGAUUAACAUUUUCUUAGUUAUAUUAAUCUUCAUACAUUUUCAAUUCUUAAGAAGUGAUUCCAUCACUUCUGGAAAGAUCACUGAUAAAAAAUUAAAAAUUUUAUGAUUUUAAUUAACAAAUCGAUAGUAGUUAACUCAUGUAAAAUUAUUCUCAAGUCAAAAUAUAAUAGUACUAAUAAUUUGAUAACCUUCAAUUACCAGAUUAAAAAAGCAAUUCCUAACAGCAUAUCUUUUUCGAAAAAUUUAAUAAACAUCAAAUAUCCACAUUUUCUUCAAUGAAUAAUUAAGGAAAUAUUUUAAAUUAAUAAUUUGAGGUGAGAAGUUCUUAAUUGAGAUCUUAAAUCGGAAAACCAAAAUCAUAAUUUACUAUAACUUUUGAAAAAUGGAAUUAACGUAAGAAUUUAUGUAUGUUGAUUCAAAAUAUUUGUGAAAGCUUACUAAGUUUGAUUCAAAACAUUCCAGAAAUUUUAAAAUAUAUAUCUUUUGAAGGUGAAUUUUAAACUUAUGUAUAAUAUUUCUCCAAACUUGGUUAAAUUUUGAUAAACUUAUUAAAGGAGGAGAUUAACUAAUCUUUUGAGUAUCAAUCUAACCAUCUUGAAUGUUAAAAACUGAAUAAUUUUUUAGAAUAAAUUGAAUUCUCCACAUUUAAUCAAUACUAAUAUUCAACAUCAAGUAAACAUUGGUACUUAGCGAGAAAAAUUUUUAAUUUAAUUGACACAAUUAAGGAAAGCAAAGAAUAAAUUGGCUGGGAUAAUACUAAUGAAGAUUUCUAAAGAAAUAAUUCAAUAAUCUUUAGAUAAAUCAUAGGAUUAUUAUAAAGUAUCUAUUACUAAGAAAAGAAAAUUGAUAAUCUUGAAUACAAAAAGUUAAAUAAUCUUAAUUGCAAUCUAUAUAUAAUUUUGAUUAAACUGGCAAUACUUCAAGCGGCUUUUGAUAAAAAUUUUUAAUUCAAAGAAAAUGAUAUAACUAAAUACAGCCCUGAGAUUUUUGAUGAGAAUCCUGAUUAAAUAUGCGAUUACCUCGUUUAAUUCAUGCAUCAAUAUCAAAUUUAAUAUUAUGAAAAUAAAUGA